CGGGCUGCUGGGGGAACGGGCCGGCGGGUGUGAGCUCGAGUGUCUGCUUUCUGUGCAGCCAGGUUUCUGGGGUACCGCCUAAAAGGCUUUACAAGGUGGGACGGGAAGGGCUGCGCCGCUCCUGAGCUGGAAACUCGGGGGCUCCUUCCCCCGGUGUUUGCUCAGGAGGGUCUGUCCCGCCCGGGGAAGGCGGCGGCUGUUGCUGUGUGACGGGGAGCGGGACGGGCAGCAGCGCCUCGGUGUGGGGACAGCCUUCGGACGGAACACAGCAGCGCUGCCCGGCGAAAAUGGUGCUCCAGAUGCUGGCGAGGAUGUGGUGCUCCUGAGGGCUGGUGGGGAAGCGUGGCGAGGUCCCGGGGACAGAGGAGGGGGGAGGAGUGCAUCGCUCCUCUCCUGCCCUGGCGCCCGCCUCGCUGCCCCGGGAGCGGGGCACUCAGCUGUUCGCUUCCCCGAAAGCCGGAGCCGAGAUCCCGAUCCAUGCGCGGACUCACGCGGCGCUCCCCUAGGCCCCGGUGCUUUGCUGACCUAACGCGACAGGAGCGGGAAGAGGAGGCGGGAGCGGUUCGCAGGGCAGGAUGGUGCCCCGUGGCCUGGCCACGAUUCCAUCAGUUCCGUGAUUCCAUCAGCUGCAACUGUAGGAUUCACUGCUGGUUGAAUGUGGAAAUAGUAAAUGGCAGUAGAAAAGCAGUCCCAUAUUUAUAGACAGGAGUAAAUUGCCCCCUCCUCCUCUGUCUCUUAACACCAAAAUAACCAAACAAAAUCCCCAAGAUUUCUCUGGUUGGAGAGAUUCUUUGCUUUCUAGUAGUGACUCCUUAUUGUCUAUUGAUCUUUUUCCACCGGGAAACAGUUACAAGGAAGCUGCAUAAGUCUUUCUGACAGGGGCUUCUUAAUGCAUCCAAACACUAUUUAUAAAGUUCUUUUUCUAUACAAAGGAAUCUGUUAAGAUGUGUAGGAACAAAACCUGCGAGGGAUGUGAAUGUUUCUGUCAAAGCCUGUGCCUUUUAAAGAAAAGCUUGUAAUUUUACCAGAUGGAGACAGAAAUCAUUUCUUCUGUGUUCUUUUAUAUCCGUUGCUCUUCAGAUAACUAGGGAUGCUUACAAAAGCUUAUGAUACAAUCAGAAGAGAGAGAGAGAGGGGAGGGAGGAAAAACCACUGAAAGAUGCUGAUCUCUGUGACCCCAGAGCGAUGCAAGAGCUCAUGAGUUGUAAUGGAUUUACAGGAACCUGAUGUUAACAUACGGCUCCCUGGGCAUUUAUUGACAUAUGUAGCAUCAAGUGAUGAUAGUUAGAGAUUAUCAAGUGGGGUGUGAUGAGCAUGCUUUAAUUCACACAAACAGAAUAAUUUAAGAUCUGCACAGGGACUCUGUACAAGCUCUACCUAUGCUAUAAUAAUAAAAGGCUGGUUUUUAGUACUUUUGGGAAUACAUUACAUUGCUUCUCAUCAAACAUGCAGACUUUUUGUGUAGUAUAUGUGCCCAUUUGCCUCUGAUCUCUGCAUGCUUUUUACUGUUCUUGAACUAAGUAAAAUAAAGUUCUUUUAAGUGUGAGAGCUGCUGUGUGGAAAUAGGUGUUUUAUUCACUUACUAUAGUCAAAGACUAACUGCUGUUGCACAGCAUAAGAUGUGGAAAAUCAGUCCCUUUUCUGUCUCUCCUAAUGAUAACAAAAAGUUGAAUUUAUGCUGGCCUGAUGGAGUCCAGAUUACCAAGCAUAACAAAGUUCCUAGUUCUCCUCUUGCUGUAAUGACUUUAUAGUGAGUAACUGACACUGUAAAAUAGCUUUUCUCAGGAAGAAAAUCUGACGAGACACAAAGGGCAUAGGACUCCAUUUCAUAGGAAAUGGAGCAUUGUUUUCAUACAGCCACCUCUGGAAGAGUGAUUGUGUUUUGAAUGCUACAGACAGAAGGCUAUGCUAGUGGGGUCUCCACUAGCCCUGGGCUGGCACUCAGGUUUGCGUGCUUCUCUGUUGUCCUGCCAGAGCUGGCUACUAGGUGCUGUGUAAAUCCUGAAGAUAUUCCGGCUACUGGCUGCAGGUAGCUAGUUGCACAGGUUUAUGAUAACAUUGAUUGCCACACUUGAUGUUGCUUCUCAUCUUGCUUCAAUCCCCAUCAACAUUUCAUUUGGCCAAGACCCUGUCUUCCCUUUCUUCUUGACUUCUACAGCUGCUGGGCUUGGUGAUAUGAAGGACAGUUUUCUUGUUUGCCUGAAAUUAAAUCCAAGCUGACCUGUCACUACAAAUGGACAGUUUUUCAAAGAUGAGGCUUGGUCGAGCAGCUUCUUGGUAUCUCAACUAUGGAAGACCAUCCUUGUGCUAAUGUGGACAUUUCUGUGAAAAAACUUCCACGAACAAGCCCUCGGUCCUUCAUUGCUUUGCUGAAGGUUCACCGUGAGCUUCUGGUCAGUAGGGUCCGAAACACACAGUGUUUGAUUGAUAACUUGAUUAAGAACGACUACUUCUCCACUGAAGAUGCAGAGAUUGUUGUCCAGUUUCCUACUCAAGCAGAUAAGGUUCGCAAAAUUCUAGACUUGGUUCAAAGCAAGGGAGAAGAAGUUUCGGAAUAUUUUGUCUAUGUCCUGCAGAAAGUCACUGAUGCUUAUUAUGAACUUCAGCCUUGGCUGGAUGAAAUAGGUUAUGAGCCUUCAGAGAAUAUUUGUAGUAAACCUGUGGUAAAUACAGAUCCAGUUAGCAGGUAUUGCCAGAAACUCAGACAUGAACUGGGACGGGAUUCUAAGUUUGUUAUGUUGUAUGCUCAGAAGGAGGAGAUGCUGCUUGAAGAAAUCUACUCCAACAGUAUUAUGGAGCUGGUCAGUUUUACCAAUGAGAGUCUUGGCCAUGUGGGUCAAUUAGAAGCCCUUUUUGAUGAUGCAGUUGGGCUAAUUAAUGAACAUGGAGAGACUGUUUAUGUCUACGGUGAUGCAGGAAUUGGUAAAUCCAUCUUGCUGCAAAAGAUACAAAGCCUUUGGGCCAGAAAAGAAUUGGACGUAGGGGCCAAGUUUUUCUUCUGUUUUCGGUGUAGGAUGUUUAGCUGCUUCAAGGAAGAUGAAGCCAUAUGUUUGAAAGACUUGCUCUUCAAAUAUAAUUGCUACCCAGACCAGGACCCCGCAGAAGUGUUCCAUCACAUCUUGCAGUUCCCCCAUACAGUUCUUUUCACUUUUGAUGGCUUUGAUGAGAUCUAUUCCAACUUUGAUCUCAGCAGCGUACCUGAGAUAUGCUCACCCAAUGAACCCAUCCACCCCCUGGCACUGCUCAUAAGCCUUCUCAGAGGAAAGCUUCUUAAGGGAUCCAAGAAAAUUCUUACUGCCAGGACAGGAACUGAGAUCCAAAAAAACAUCAUUAGGAAGAAAGUGUUGCUCCGCGGUUUCUCCAGGAACAACUUGAAGGAAUACACAGCUAUGUUUUUCAAAGAUGACAGGCAACGAGCACUGGUAUCAAACCAAUUGGAAGCUAACCCAAAUCUCUGCAGUUUGUGUUCAGUGCCUUUAUUUUGCUGGAUUAUCUUUAAAUGCUUUGAGCACUUCCACUCCAUUUUUGACAGCCAUGAGCUUCCAGACAGUUCUGUUACAUUAACAGAUGUGUUUUUGCUCAUGAUUGAAGUCCACCUGAACCGAUCUGUGAAAACAAGUUUGCUGAAGAGCAAUAUCAGGAGCCAAACAGAGAUGUUCAAAUCAAGAAAGGAAAGCCUUCUAGCUUUGGGUAAAAUGGCAUACAAAGGGAUGGAGAACUCUUCCUUUGUUUUUGAGCAAGGGGAAGUCUCAUCGGCAAACAUCUCUGAAGAAGAUUUGCAAUUGGGCUUUCUCAGGACAGUUAAAGGUUACAGUGGCUGUGACAGUCAGGCCACUUAUGAGUUCUUGCACUUAACCCUUCAGUCUUUUUUCACAGCUUUGUUCUUGGUUAUGGAGGAGAAGGUGGGUACCAAGGAGUUACUUGAGUUUUUUAAUGAAUGUUCUUCCAUGGAGACUGCCCAGCCUACUUGCCUUCAUAUCCCCUGGAAGAAACAGCUAUCAGGGGAGGAUCCCUUCCAAAAUAAAGAACAUUUUAAUUUUACCAACAUGUUUCUUUGUGGCCUACUUUCUGAGUCCAGGCAGAAGCUCUUCAGACAUUUAGUUUCACCUGCAGUCAUUAAGAGGAAAAGAAAAAUUCUCAUCACAUACCUUGGGAAGAACAUGAAAUCCCACCUGAAAGGCUACACUCGGUCCAGGCUUAAAAGCUACAAUCAGGUGCAGGUUCAGCCCAACUUUGUGUGGAUGCUGAGGUGCCUGUACGAGACACAGAGUGAGAAGGUGGGGAGGAUGGCAGCCCGCCGCAUGCACGCCAACUACAUCAAGCUGGCCUACUGCAACGCCUACUCUGCCGACUGCAGUGCCAUUUCCUUUGUGGUGCACCACUUCCAAAAGCGCCUGGCUCUGGAUCUGGACAACAACAACAUCAAUGACUAUGGAAUAAAGCAGCUGCAACCUUGUUUCAGCAAGCUUGCAGUGAUCAGGCUCAGUGUAAAUCAGGUCACAGAUCAUGGCGUAAGGAUCUUGUAUGAAGAACUCUCCAAGUACCAAAUUGUGUCUUUCUUGGGCUUAUAUAACAACCAAAUCACUGAUGUUGGAGCCAAAUAUGUUGCAAAACUAAUUGAAGAAUGUUCAAGCCUGGAAUAUGUUAAAAUAGGAGCAAACAAAAUAACGAGUGAAGGAGGGAAGUGCCUUGCCCAGGCCAUCCAGAAGAGCAAGACAAUCUUUGAAAUUGGGAUGUGGGGUAAUCAAGUUGGAGAUGAAGGAGCAAAGGCAUUUGCAGAGGCCCUGAGGAACCACCCCAGGUUAACAAACGUGAGUCUUGCAUUCAAUGGCAUCACGACAGAGGGAGGCAAAAGUAUUGCUGAAGCCAUGCAACAUAACAACUCCGUGAGGAUAUUCUGGUUGACUAAAAACGAGCUGGAUGAUGAGGCAGCAAUGAGUUUUGCAGAGAUGCUGAAGGUCAACAAGAAACUGGUGCAUUUAUGGCUUAUCCAGAAUCAAAUUACAGCCAGAGGGGUGAAGUGCCUCAGCGAAGCUCUCAAGGAGAACACGACUAUUCAAGAAAUCUGCUUGAACGGGAACCUGAUAAGCCAAGAAGAGGCCAAAGCUUUUGAAAAUGAAGAGCGGAUCAUUUGCUUCUGAAUGAGGACUUUCCCAUUUUGCCAAGUUGGUGGUAACAAAGGUUACUCCUACACUUGGAGUGCAGAGUUUAUAAAGGCAUAAAUCUACAGUGCUCAUGGCAGGAGAGAGAUACACAAUAAGCUGCCUUUUUAUGAACACACUGCACUCCCUCAGCUCCAUCCCUUACUCUGUCUGUUAUUCUUAAUCCUUUUGGUGAGUGGGAAGUUGCCUGGGUAAAUAAUUAAUGUUUGUUCGGUGCUUUGAAGAUGAAAUGCAAAGUGUUAACAGACUAAAUCUGCUGGCAGGUGUAUGCAUUUUGAUAACUGAGUUUAGAUCUAUUCUGUACAGUGAUGUAAAUAAUCUCUUAACUUAUUUAUAUACAUAAAGACACACAAGUAUACGUAUGCAAGAAAGGGUGCAAAAUUCACAAACUCCACCAGCUCUGAGUAUUACCUGCCUCAGAACUGAAAAUUAAUAUAUACACAGCUUUACCAGAAAUGGUAUCUAUAGUAGUUGCUUGGUGUCAGUAUUUUGAACAUUAAUUCCUUCUUCCUGCCUAGAAAUUAGGUUCUUAUUUCUCCACUGACUACAGGCAGCAUCAUAGACACUGCUUUUUUUGUUACUGGCUUUUUUUUGAUGGGUAGAUAUGGAUGUAUCAGACUCAGAUUACUUUCAGUAAUCUUUUUUCCCAUAUCGAAGCAAAUCCAUUUUCUUUCAUGCAACCAGAAGUCCUUACUGCCAUCAGUGUAAAACCAUGAUAUGGGCAGAAAACCACGCCUGCUUCAGAUUUCCAGAGGGCUGCGUAGAACCGGCUGCAUCCUGUUUCCACAGUGUUUGUUCUGAGGAGGGGGUCUGGAGAGAAAUGUGGACAAUUAAUUAGCAGGCUGUUCAGUGCCUUGGCUCCUGGCCUAGGCACCGUGCUGGUGGCACUACACCAAUAUCACGUUGCCCAGCAUCAGUGGGGAGAAAGGACGAUUGAAAAUCAACUGCAUCAAGUAGAAAUCCCUUCUCCCAGCAACAGGCAGGCACACAGGAGGAUUGAGAUUGGCUUGGAAAGCCUUUAGUCUAUGCUUGAAUCAGUGGACAGAGAAAGGCAAGGGGCAGUAGUAAUAAUAAGGAAAAGCAAGAAAACACUAUCCUCCCCCCAAUGAUUAUUGUUUAGGGGGUAUAACUUGAGAGGCUUUAAAAGAAACCAGUUAGCAAAGGAGUGGGCUAUUUGACUAUUUUUUGUGGGAGCUUUAUAAACUCAAACUCUGCUCCUCAGUGUAGGGGGUAGAGUUUGAGUUUAUAAACUUAAAAUGGAAAAGUGUGACCCAUUUUCCUUCCUUUUCCCAUGUUACCAUCCCCUCCCACCAAACUUUGAGAAACAAUUCUCCACUUGCUGACUAACCACAAAACCUUGGUAGAUUGGAAGAAGAACCUCCAGCUAACAUGCCAAACCUCAUCUCCCCAUAUCCCAAAUCUGCCCCAUGAAGCAAAGAAAGUGCUUGCUUUGCAGGCCAGAGCUUCUCCAUUUCCUUUCCCAGCCCUCAAUUCUGUCUACUCCCUUCAGCUCCCUAACACAUUUUAAAAUACUCAUAGGGGUUCUCACAGAACCUGCAGUUAUAAAGGAAAAAAAGGGAAGAAAACCAACUUAGUUAUUUUUCAGUGGUUUUUCCUCUGUGCCUGUGGUAUCAACACUGAUUUUUUACAGGGAGACAGAUGAGGUUUUUCAACCAUGCCAGAGGGAAUUCAGCUAACUUGAAUGAUUUCUGCACCUGAGCCACUUGUUUACUGAAGCAAAACGGUACACAGUUACAGAUGAGGUGGAUUGCAAUUGCCAAAACAUCUGCCAAAGCAAAGCCUUUAAAGACUUCUCAGUGACUUUAACAAAUCAGAGACUCAUGCACCUUGUCAAACUGUGUUUUGCCAGCCUACUCUGAUGGAAGGGAGAAGAUACUGGUGUAAGGAAGGGCCUUCACCAGAGGUGUAAUUUGCCUGUGUUUGAGGAAGGGUGCUCCUAUUUUGCACUAAUCACAGAAUUAUUUGUUCAUUUACCAGGUAGAAAAUAUGUUUAAAACUACAGUUCAUGUCCUCAUUUCACUAAUUGACUAAAAUAGCUCCCCCCAAGCUUUCUAGUGCAGUCACAUGUGCCUCUUUUUUGGACUAGAACAGCCUUUGACAUUGUUUGUAGUGACAAGCUCAGCCCUGUUGCAAAUCUUGUUCCAUACCUGGCUGUUGCAGGCUGGGCAUCCAAGGAUUCUUUUCAGGGACAGCAGCAUUUACAGGGCUGUAGCAGCUAAAUGCAGCCUCAGGGUAAGUGGUGGCAGGAUCAACCCCAGCUCCAUGUAGAACAGAGUUUGGCACUGAAGAUUACAGUGCCAGAGACAGAGCCAGUCACAGCCACUCCUUCCAGAGGUGAUUUUGGGCAGAAAACACUUGUUUGGACUGGGCUGAAGGUCUGAACACAGCUCACUCUGGGUUUGACAGAACCAAGGGGUUUCAUAGCAUCCUGCUCCCAGCUCCUCCAGGGCAGGGGGUCUGCUUCACAGAGCACAUCACAGCUCUGGGAGUCAUGCUGGGAAAACUGGUUGCUGCCCUGGGAGCAGCCAGACAUCCCUUGUUUAUCUGCACUUCUGGCUGAAGCUCUUCCUAGUCUUACCAGCCUGUUUGUAAGGGGCAUUAGAGCAACACUUCUGCAGCUUGCAGGGAGAGCCUUGUUUACUCAGAGACAACUGUAACUUUUUUAAGACUUGUUUGUAAUUUGCUGAAGCCUUCUCUGUACACUGCAUCAUGUUUUUCCACUCGUCCACUGUGAUAAUAAACAGCUUUUUAAAGAACAA